UGCCAAAGUUGGAUUGGAUAAGCCCUCACCUCACUCUAUCCCGCACUUGUCUAGCAAGCGGUAGACGCUGACAUGGAAAAGGGGUGUGUCUGUAUAGUGCGCGUGGAGUGAAUCCCGGUGCAAGAUGGCUGCUGGAAGUGCUGGAGGCCGCGUGUCUAGCGGGCGGGAUCUGACCUGCGUCACGGAGGUGGCGGAUACUUUAGGGGCCGUAGCAAAGCAAGGGUUUGAUUUUUUGUGUAUGCCCAUUUUCCAUCCUCGCUUCAAGAGGGAAUUUCAUAGAGAACCUGCCAAGUCCCGGCCUGGACCGCAAACCCGCUCUGACCUGUUACUCUCAGGCCGAGACUGGAAUACUCUGAUUGUGGGAAAGUUGUCAGAAUGGAUAAAAGUAGAUUCAGAAGUCGAGAGAAUGCGGAGAACUUCGGAAUCGGCUCUAAUGCAGGAGCUGAAUUUUUCUGCAUAUCUGGGGCUCCCUGCCUUCCUCAUCCCUCUCACCCAGGAAGAAAAUAGCAAUAUGGCCAGACUCUUACUUAAUCACAUCCAUUCUGGGCACCAUUCUACCAUGUUUUGGAUGCGUGUUCCUCUAAUGGCACCUGAAGAUUUACGUGAUGAUUUUAUAGAAAAUGAUCCACCUCUACGUAGUGAGGCAGAGGAGAGUACUGGAGAAGAGAGAACUUGGAAGUGGUGGCAUAAUUUCCGCACCCUCUGUGACUAUCACAAGAGAGUUGCUUUAGCCAUUGAAGUCGAUGCUGACCUUCCCAGCGGGCACAUCAUUGAUCGCUGGCUGGGAGAGCCUAUCAAAGCUGCUAUUCUCCCUACUAGCAUCUUCCUGACCAACAAGAAAGGUUUCCCUGUUCUGUCUAAAGGACACCAGCGGCUAAUCUUUAGGCUGUUCAAGCUGGAGGUCCAAUUUGUUAUUUCUGGAUCCCAUCAUCAUUCAGAGAAGGAUUUCUGCUCAUACUUACAAUACUUGGAAUACUUAAGUCAGAACAGGCCUCCUCCAAAUGCUUAUGAAACAUUUGCCAAGGGUUAUGAGGAUUAUCUUCAGUCACCACUCCAGCCUCUGAUGGAUAAUUUAGAAUCUCAAACUUAUGAGGUUUUUGAAAAAGAUCCAGUGAAAUAUUCUCAGUACCAGCAGGCAGUGUAUAAAUGUUUGCUGGAUAGAGUCCCAGAGGAAGAGAGAGAAACUAACAUCCAAGUGCUGAUGGUGCUUGGAGCUGGAAGAGGUCCCCUAGUAAAUGCAUCACUCCGAGCUGCCAAGCAAGCAGAGCGCAGGAUAAAAGUAUACGCUGUGGAGAAAAAUCCUAAUGCAGUCAUUACAUUGGAGUGCUGGCGCUAUGAGGAAUGGGGCAGCCAAGUGACAGUGGUCUCCAGUGACAUGAGAGAAUGGAUUGCACCUGAGAAAGCAGAUAUAAUUGUCAGUGAACUCUUGGGCUCUUUUGGGGACAAUGAGCUGUCUCCGGAGUGUUUAGAUGGAGCGCAAAAAUUCAUGAAAGAUGAUGGUGUUAGUAUACCUGGGGAAUAUACUUCAUAUCUCGCUCCAAUCUCUUCAUCAAAGCUUUAUAAUGAGGUGCGGGCUUGCAGAGAAAAGGACAAAGACCCUGAGGCCCAGUUUGAGAUGCCUUAUGUUGUCAGACUGCACAAUUUCCAUCAGCUAUCAGAACCUCUUCCUUGUUUCACUUUCCGGCACCCAAAUACUGAUGCUGUAAUAGAUAACAACAGAUAUUGCUGUCUGCAAUACCACAUGGAACUUAACACUGUGCUGCAUGGUUUUGCUGGCUACUUCCACACAGUAUUAUAUAAGGAUGUCACUCUUAGUAUCUGCCCUGAUACUCACUCCCCUGGAAUGUUUUCCUGGUUUCCCAUUCUCUUCCCCAUAAAACAACCCAUCCCUAUACGGGAAGGAGAUACAGUAUGUGUUCGGUUCUGGCGCUGUAACAAUGGCAAGAAAGUCUGGUAUGAGUGGGCGGUGACCUCACCCAUCUGCUCAGCCAUACACAAUCCUACAGGCCGUUCUUACACUAUUGGACUGUGACCACCUGUCAUGCAAAUCUCUUCUACGUCAACUAAUGCAUUUUCCUCUGAAAGACGGCAUUGCUGCCAGAACAUGGAAUGAAAGGAUUCCUCUCGGAGAUCAUGUAUGUGCUGUCACUCACAUACAGAAAAACAAAAUACAGUACUUGUCAUUACAUGAAUGAUCCUGCAGCUGAGCUGACAUUCCCACUUAUUUUUUUUUUAUUAUUUUUUUAUUAAAUAUAUAUUAUUUCCUGAACGUGAAUAAAUAUUAAAUCUUGAACAAGAUACAA